AGUUGCUGUGUGUUCAGUGACGGAUUAUGUGUAAUGGUACAAUCAAAUGUGCAACAGUAGUUGUAGUCAUAAGUGACUCGCCCUUUUCGCUGUAGAUUUGUAGGCACUCACGUGAUAGGUCGCAUUUUUGAAUUAGUACAAUGCACUUUAGGAUAUACAUCUAGUAUCUAGAUGUGCAAGUUUUCUCACGAUGUUUUCCUUUAGCGUAACUCAUUGGUACAUGUCAGCGCCGAGAAUCGAACCCGCAUCUCUGGCGUGAGAAGCGGGCGCUUACCCGACUGAGCUACCACCACUCUAAAUCAGUAUAAUUCUAAUGGAAAAUUCAGCCUUCCUCACCCACCUUAUACCGGCUACCUAUCCAACUUCCUCGGUCGAGCUAACCUGCAUCCCACGCUAGCUCAUUCCUGUUCUUAACAUACGCUUUUAUUGUUCCAGAUACAGCUAUAAUGUCGCUACUCCCAGUGAACGCUUCGAGUCUGCUGGACGACAAUCUGACCGACAGUGAAUACACUCCAUACGAGGACCGGCUAGAGACCUACCUGGUGCCGGUGUUGUUCGCCAUCAUCUUUGUGGUGGGGGUCCUGGGAAACGGGACUCUGGUCAUCGUGUAUGUCAGACAUAGGGGCAUGAGGAAUGCUCCUAAUACGUACAUAUUCUCCCUCGCGCUGGCGGAUCUGCUGGUCAUUCUAAUCUGCGUUCCAUUUGUCUCCGUGAUCUACACCCUGGAGUCGUGGCCUUGGGGCGAGCUGAUCUGCCGAAUCUCCGAAGCAGCUAAGGACGUCUCUAUCGGCGUGUCAGUGUUCACGCUAACCGCCCUGUCGGCGGAGAGAUAUUGCGCUAUCGUGAACCCGUUUAGAAAGCUGCAGCUGCGCAAGCUACCGCUGGUCUGCGCGACGGUGAUCUGGGCGGCGGCGCUGCUGUUCGCGGUGCCGGCGGCGCUGUUCUCCAGCACGCCCACCGUGCUGCUGCAGGACAACAUCACCAUCUACUACUGCACGCCCUACCCGAAGGGCUGGAAGAAUUAUACCAAAUGGAUGACACUGUCGAAAGCGGUGAUUUACUACGCGUUGCCGCUUCUGGUGAUUUCUAUUUUCUACUCGUUGAUGGCUCGGCGUCUGCUGGCGAGCACCAAGGAGAUGCCUGGAGCCCUGCAUGCGGGGCAGGGCGAGGCCCAGGCCAAGGCACGCAAGUCUGUGGCCUGUAUGGUGCUUAUUUUUGUUAUAGUAUUCUUCGUAUGCUUCCUGCCGUACCACACGUUCGAGGUGUGGUUCUACUUCUCCCCGACGGCGGAGAACGACUACAACGACUGGACACACGCCUGGAGGAUCAUCGCCUUCUGCUUGAGCUUCCUGAAUUCCUGCGUCAACCCUGUCGCGCUCUACUGCGUGAGCGGCGUGUUCCGCCAGCUCUUCAACCGCUACCUGUGCUGCCGGCGCGGCGCGCUGCACCCCACCUGCAGCUCUCGCAUGUCCCGCACCGCCGUCUGCGAGACCUCGUUCCGGAGCACGCACCGGCAUCGAUGCAAUAGAAAUCCAACAGAGAGCGUGGUCAUAUCCAACUACGACUACGGCAGUACGAAGAAGAAGAGCAACAUCAUCUCAAGGAACAGUACUGAUGGUGUCAGCGGAGUCACCAUCAUGACCAUCCGGGACACCAGUGAGUUCAUCAACGGAGACGCCGAUGAGAAGUGCGUCAAUAGAUAAAUCAUCAUCAUCAAAUUCAAAUUAAGAUUCUUGUAAAUUGACUGUUUGACAAGGAAUCUCAGCGUUACAAUCUUCAGCGCUUUGUGCGUGAGAAAUGUCAAACCUCUGAUAUUUGAAAUAGUGAUUGCCGGGAUAGCGCGAAGGGCAUAAUCUUUGACGUUUCUCGUGUAAAGUGAAUUUUGUACGAUGGGAUUCCGGGCUAGGGUACCGAUCAGUGCUCUCAAGCCCCACGUCCACCGAGGGACUGGCUGGAAAUUAUUAAUCAACACAGUAAUAAAGAUUUUCAAAGGUUGGAUUAAGCAAUCCGAUUUUUCUGCGAACAUUGAUUGAUGGGGCGUCCCAAAUGGAAAGAAAUUUAUUUUUCCAAGUCGAAGUUCGGACGCUAGGGAACAAAAAAUAACUCAGAGUAGAAUCAGACUCAGUUUCGACCAAACAUUUUUGAACUUUAUUGCUUUGAUCAUAGCGUUUGUAAAUGAUAUAUUCUUUUUUCUGUGGCAAAGUGAUUACUUUCUGUGAAUAAGAAGUAAAUUAGGAACGCCUGUAUAGGAAUGCUGGAAAGACAUUUAAGUUAUUGAUAAAAUAUAUGUCCCUAAAUAUUGAAUAAGUAAUUUAAAAAAAUCUAUGCAUUGCAUACAAUUUAAUGUUCUAUGUAAUAGUAGUACUGUAAAUAGGUAGUAGGUAAGUACUUAUAUUAAAUGUAAGAUUAAAAUCUAUAAAUAGAAAAGUUCUCAAAGAAAAUAGAAGCAGCGCCAUUUUGAGUAUUUUUUUAUAUUUCCCGUAAUUCUUGACACAACGAACUUAUUUUUAAUGUAAAUAUUAUAUUAUUUAUUUCUAUAUAAUGUUAUUUGUUGUCGAUUAAUUUAUUCAAAUUGAUAAAAUGAUUCAAAACUAUUGUUUCAAAAUGUUUCUCGUCGGUAAUUUAAGUGAAUGUUAACAUAAUAUUAAAUAUUAAUGUAAUUAUAGGAAUUCUACUUGACUUUGACCCCUUUCUGAUUAAAAUGACAUUUUUUUCCAUCAACGUGAUAGGUACAUAAUAGGUAGUAUCAACAAAUAUUUCUUCCAUGCUGGCUAUUUUGAAAAUAAAUUACCACCAUAAUUAUUGAAAUAUCAAGUUAUAUAUGUACAUACUGUUAACUUUAAUAUAGACCUGAAAAUGCUGCAGAUUUGUAAAAAAAAUGAAUGUACUUAUUUAAUUAAAAUGAUUC